AUGUCUCUCUCGCGCGUCCGACUAUGCCUGGCUGCCGUAGCACGGUCCUCACGGCGCACACCAUGUAUUGCUGCGUCUGCAAGGCAUCUUUCAACUCUCGAGGCUGAGAAAAAGCCCUUGGAAACACAAGAAGAAUGGACGAAUUUUCAGCUGAAACGAGAGGAGUAUCAGUCUUUAAUUGACUAUUUCUCUGCGUACGGGUCUACUCAAACGCGUAACAAUACGUUCCAGCCUCACCACAGUCUCCAUCGACCACCUGCUCCUUCUAAUGUCACGUUGUCUGCCCUCAUGGCUUCCGGGGCCCAUUUCGGGCACUCCCAAUCACUCAUGAAUCCUAACUUCAUGCCUUACGCGUACGGUGUGCGAGCCGGUAUUACUGUCAUUGAUCUCGACCAUACACUUCCACUACUUCGUCGUGCAGCCAAUGUUGUGCGAGGCGUAGCCGCGAAGGGAGGCACCAUCGUCUUUGUGGGUACGCGGCCCGACUUACGACCCAUUGUACGCAAGGCUGCGGAAAGGGUAGGCGAACGCGUUUACCACGUUGGCGAAAAAUGGCUGCCUGGUACUCUGACCAACAAAAUCGUAAUGUUCGGCGCGGAGGCCGCAAAAUCCGAACAGGUCGUCCCAGAUCUCGUCAUACUGCUGAAUCCAAUCCCCAAUGUGCAUGCCAUUCGCGAAUGUGCAAUUGAGCACGUCCCAACCAUCGGAAUCAUCGACUCCAACGUCGAUCCACGCAUCGUCAUGUACCCUAUACCUGCUAAUGACGAAAACACACGAACAGCAGAGCUUAUCGCAGGGGUUUUAAGCAUUGCUGGAAGGGAGGGUGUUGCGUUAUAUGGCGAAGAGCGCGCCAAAAGGGCUAUUCGUACGGAGAGGCUGCAAAGAAAUCGCGAACAGAUGCCAGAACGUAGGUAA